AUGUCAGCCAUUACAGUCCAACCCGCCAAAAGUUCCGAGGCUGAACUCGGUGCUCUUCUCGGCAAUAUCGACCUUGACAACUUGUCAGACGCAGAUUUUGAUGUUAUCCACAAAGCCCUUUAUCAAUACAACGUCAUCUGCAUCAAGGACCAGGGAAAUCUCACACCCAAAGCUCAGGCUGAGCUCACACGUCGUUUCGACCCUGAAGCACUGUCUUAUGGACACGGCAAAACGAUCGACGCCAAGCGGUCCAUUCUCCAUCCUGACCUGAAGACCGUGCCACACCAGCCCGAGGUUCAGGUCAUUGGCAAUGGCUUUGUCUCAGAAUACGAAGGGUUGAAGAACAUCACGCUGAAGCAUCCCCAUCAUCGCACUUUCCACAAGACCGUUAUACCGGAGGAGCAGGAUCUCGACUAUACUCGCUUCUAUCGAUGGCAUAUCGAUGCGGCGCUGUAUGGUAAACUGUACCCGCCGCUGGUGACGUCUUUACUGGCAGUCAAAGUCCCUGCCGGACGGUCUCAAACUCUCCUAUACGACGACGAUAGCGGCGACCAGCUCCAGGUGCCGCUAGGAACGACGGCAUUUGCAUCGGGAUACACAAUGUUCGAGAAACUCAGCCAGGAACAGAAAGAAUUUGUGCUUGGCUCCAAGAUAGAAUACGGGCCUCAUCCUUACGUUUGGAUCUCGACGGCAAGGUCGCGACCAGACGGACUUGGGAUUGUGUCUGAGGGGAAGGAAAUCAGCCUUGACGACCUGCCACAAAUUGAGGAGGAAGAUGUCCAGAUACUCCCUAUGGCCUGGCAAAAUCCUGUGACAGGCAAAUUCGCUUUGCAAGUCCAUCCCUCAGUAGUGCGCAAGAUUCAUCUCCACGAUGGCCGCAUCAUCGAUGAUCUCCAGCAAGUCCGAGACAUCGUGCACAACCUACAGCGCCCAGCAAUUGCGCCUGAACUCGUGUACGCCUUCGACUGGAAGGAGGGUGAUUUGGUCCUAUUCAAUAACCAUGGCGUUAUUCACUCUGUCGUAGGUGCAUUUGGCUUGGAUGAAGUUAGACUCUUUCGGCAGUGUAACCUUGCCGCCAGUCAACCUCCACUGGGCCCUGUAGAGGUUUGUGCUUGA